AAAAAUUUUAAUCUCAAACCAUAAGUAUGAAAUAAAAAAUGGUAAACAUGGGCAUGUAGCUUAAGAUAGUAACGUAUCCUCAGAAUGUUUUAUAAACCAGUGAAAUAUUCUUAUUAUUUUCAGGUGAACAACCAUAUCUUACAGUUGAUGCUAAUGGGAGGCUGGUGUACAAUUGUGAUGUAUGUAGGACACAGUUCAACUCUGGCAUGGCAUUAAGGAAACACAUAAUAACUGAACAUAACAAUGAGCUCCCUCUAAAAUGCAUGUACUGCGAAAAGAGGUGGUCUGAUUUCGAAAAUUUAAGUAAGCAUGUACUUAGGGAGCAUAAGCCAAACCAGUUGAAAUGUGAAAUGUGUUCCAAAACAUUCUCAAUUGCUGUGAAUCUUUACAAACAUGUCAAUGCAAUACACAAAGGAGGAAAUCUUAAGAAAGUCCCUCAUGCUUGUCCAACUUGUGGAAAAGUUUAUUCAUCGAGAAAAAAUAUGCGGUUGCACCAUGUCAAUGUUCAUGAAUCGUGUCGAGAUCAUAUAUGUAUGACUUGUGGAAAAGGAUUCCUUACUAAAAGUACAUUGAUUAAUCACGAAAGUAUACAUAGCACAGAUAAACCAUAUGUUUGCCCACAAUGCGGUGUCAGAUAUGCCAUGAAAGAAUAUCUCAGAAGACAUGUAAAAUCUCAUGACAAGCCAUUUAUAUGUCAAACGUGUGGUGAAAGAUUUGGACGAAAAUAUAAUCUUGAACAGCAUGAGAAAAUUCAUAGUGGCAUUAAAGGAUAUACAUGUAAAACAUGCGGGAAACAAUUCACACAGUUGGCAGCCUUAUGUUCACAUACAAACAGUGCACAUAGCAUGGAAAAACAAUAUGUUUGCCAGCAAUGUGGUGUCAGAUACGGCUUGAAAGAACACCUCCGGAGACACAUAAUAUCUCAUGACAAGCCAUUUAUAUGUAAAACAUGUGGUGAAAAAUUUGGGCGAAAAUAUAAUCUUGAACAACAUGAGAAAAUUCAUAGUGGCAUUAAAGGAUAUACAUGUAAAACAUGCGGGAACCAGUUCACACAGUUGGCAGCCUUAUGUGGACAUUCAAAGAUAUGCGUUGAUUCUGGUAAAGAAAAAAGUCAAAAUUUCAUGGAAUCUCAAGAGAGAAUUAGUCAAACUGAUUUUAUGCCUCAUGCAGCAAUGCCAGUGUUGAAUCAACAGCUAGGGUAUGAUUUUAAGAUAGAAACCAAUAGUCAUUUAUAAAAUACACUUGCAGUUUAUGUCUCAUUAGAUAGUAAAUCCAGUGUUGAAUCAACAGCCAGGGUAUGAUUUUAAGAUAGAGACCAAUAGUCAUUUAUAAAAUACACUUGCAGUUUAUGUCUCAUUAGAUAGUAAAUCCAAUGUUGAAUCAACAGCCAGGGUAUGAUUUUAAGAUAGAGACCAAUUGUCAUUUAUAAAAUUCAAUUGCAGUUCAUGAUUUCUCUCUAUCUUUGUUCAUUAAGACUCAUGAAUGCUUUAAUUAAGGAAUAAAUAAUGAUAGGCCAUUCAAUAUGGUGAAAUUCAGCACGAGUUGGACAGAAUGUUGUACAAAGCACGAACCGAAGGUGAGUGCAUUUGUACUAACAUUCUGUCCAACGAGUGCUGAAUUUCACCAUAUUGAAUGGCCUAUCAUUAUUUAUUCCGAUUCAAACAUAAAAAUUAGUAAACGCCGUGUCUGUGGAACGGGCAUGAAGGAAGAAUACGCAUGCUGUCAAGAUUCUGAAGUCGGCCGGAAAAAUUUUAGAAUUUGUUUGGGCUGUUCUAUUUUACUCCCCGUUUUAGAUUUUAUACGGUGUAUAAACUUGAAGUCAGCCAUAGUUAAAUAGUUACAGUAGUUACGGAGGGAGUAAAAAAGAACAGCUAUCCCCGGACAGAGCCCCAGAUGUGCAGCUGAGAUGUGACGUCACUCAAAACAAUGCAAAUUGCAGAUUGAAUAGAGCAUGGUCGUGCAUCUAUGGAGAAUUAGAGAACGUUCUAUAUUGGCUAUGCUGCAUUCUGAUUGGUUGAGAAAUUCGAAUAGAGCACGGUCAUGUUUGAAUGGUGAAUAU